AUGGUCUUGACUAAGAUGGGGAAGAUGGCUGAAUCUCAUCUUGAUGGCACUGUUAACAAUGCUGGCAUGACUGUGCCAGUCUACUUUAACAAUUUCCAGUGUCAAGCUACCAAGAAUGCCAGUCUCAUUGCUGAUUUUAACAUUUUCUAUAUUCUGAACAAGCUCAAUGUCACCAUGAUUGUGCAUGACUUUGAAUUGAACUUCUACUCUAAAUGUGAGAAUAUUAGAUCUCAACAUGCUAUCUUUCUAGCUUCUUGCCAGCUAUUCUACAAGCUUGCCAGCUCUCCAAAUCAGUAA